AUUAGAGCAUUUUUUGUUGACAACAGCGCAGAGGAGGUCUCUGUUAUUGCGAAAUGCUAUCUACGGGAAUGGGCAGAGUGGCAACUACAACGGUGACGGUAAGAUCAAUUUCUAUGGCGCUAAUAGCACCGCGGAGAACCGGAUGUGGUGUGACUCCUUUGGCAUUUUUUUCUUCUGCUGCUUCACCGUCGAAAUCAAGAAAGUUAGUUCUCUACUCGAAGCCCGGCUGCUGUUUGUGUGAUGGUCUCAAAGAAAAACUCCAGGCUGCCUUCUCGCUCUCUGGUCCAGAUUCCCUUCACGACGUUGAUUUACAGGUGAGGGAUAUUACCACCAACCCUGAGUGGGAGAACGCUUACCAGUAUGAGAUACCGGUUUUGGCUAAAGUACUUGCUGAUGGUUCUGAGGAAACAAUACCUAGAUUAUCACCUCGACUUGGAGUGGAACUCAUCCAAAAGAAGAUAGCAGCUGCUUUGAGGGAGCAAUAGGAUAAAGGUUUCAUGUUCAAAUCCCUCGUAUCAACCAACGUGCACGCAAUUAUUUGUGCUUCUUUCCUGUUAGAAAGGAAAAGCGGCUCUUUUCCAACAAAUCCACUCACCAUCUCUUCAAUAAUUCAGAAACAAAAACAACAUUACGGGGAAAGUUUUUCCCACCCUGACCUGCCCUCUGCUUUCUGGUAGCAACACAAGUUCCCUCUCUGCUUUAAUCAGUGUUUAUUUCGUAUUUUAUUUGCAUUUAUCAUGUUGCUUUUCCUAGAAAAGUAAGGCUACUAAUCCCACUGUCAGUUUUUAUUAACUACAAGGUAUGUUAAUAGAUCAUUCUAGGUCCCAAAAAUACAGUACGAUUGAACAUUAAAAAUCUAACCUAACC